AUGGAUUUGGUUGAUGAAAUGAAUGAGGCAUGUAAUACGGAUGAAGAGAGUAGUUUCAGUUUGGUUCCUACUUUGGACAUGUCUUUUGACACAAUGGAAGGUAAAUAUGUUUCCAGCAUUCGUCCAGAGGUCAACAGUCUACCCAGUCAGACUAAUCAAUGUCCUGCUGGAAUAACCAUAGCACGAAAAAAUGACAAAUGGUUCGUUAGAACUGUAGUUUUAGAUCACAGUCAUGACCUGUGUCCACAAACCUCCAAUCUAAUCCGUGGUAAUAGGCAAUUGAACAUGCAUGCCAAGCACACUUUGGAAGUGAAUGAUGAUGCUGGUGUUCGUAUUAAUAAGAGUUUCCUUAGCAUAGUUAGUGAAGCGGGUGGAUAUGAAAACAUGCAAUUUGUUGAACGAGAUGCUAGGAACUACAUUGGUCAGCAUAGAAGGUCACUGUGUAAGGAAGGUGAUGGACAGGCAUUGCUUCGACACUUUUCAAAAAUGAGAGACCAGAAUAAUGAAUUCUUUUAUGACAUCGAGAUGGAUGAAGAUAAUAGAAUUACUAGUGUGUUUUGGGCAGAUGCUCGAAGCCGAGCUGCAUGUGACGAGUUCGGUGAUGUCAUGUCGUUUGACACCACGUACUUAACCAACAAGUACGACAUGCCAUUCGCUCCAUUUGUAGGAGUUAAUCACCAUGUACAGUCGAUCUUACUUGGUUGUGGAUUGCUGUCAUGA